AUGUUCCUCUUUUGUUCUUCAGUGUUCUCAUACAAACAGAAAAUUCCUAAAGUGUUGCAGGAAUCCUGUCUACCAGAGUUUGAAAAAUUAUGUUGGUCAAAGCUAUCUGAACGCCAAUCAAAGCAGAGAAUCGAAAUUAAGGCAAUGGAAACAAUUUUGGAACAACAAAUUCUGCAAGGUGAGCACAAUCAGGACGAAAGUGCUGACAUUGUUGCUGAUGUAAAUGAAUGUGGGGAUGACGACAACGAUGAUGAUGUUGGUCCAGUACUCAACUGGCAAGAUGAACUCUUUAAUGUUGAUCUAGAGCCACAAACUCUUGAUUGUCCUUCAAAUGAUGAACCGGCCAGUACUUAUGAACAAUUAGUACAAAAACACAUUGAGGCAUUCUAUGUGGGAGCUCAAAAAUAUGCCCAAAUCACAGAAUUGUCCAAAAGAAUAGCUGAUUGGGAAGCCAGGAUUUUACCAAAAUUACAAGAAGAGGAAACAUAUGGGCCAUUUGACAUUCAUGUCUAUGGAAGCAAAGUCUUGAAUUCCAUCACCAAAGGGUCAAAGGUUUCUUUAGCAAAGAUAAUGGCUGGGAAACCCCCUCAUGAAGUGGGACGUCUCUUCCUGUCUACAUUGAUGCUUGCAAAUGCUGGCAAUGUGGAACUUACUUGUCCCGGUGUAUUGGAAGAAGGCAUGGACAAAGCUGAAGUAACGCUGCUCCGGACAAAACUGCAUUUUGAAGAACUGGAGACGUAUGUGGCACCUUCGUUAGCCAACAAGGACAAAGAAAAUUAA